AUGUCACAAACUAAUGGUGUUAUUACUGCUACUAUAUCUAAUAAUAAAUUGAACAUUAAUGAUACUACUACUACUAAUAAUAAUAAUAAUGUUGAUAGUGCAUUAGAAGUUCUACAAAAUCUAUUAACAUUAGCUCCUGUUUUAAAACAAAAUUUAAUUUUAAUGUCUCAACAAUUAACACAAUUUAUUAAUUAUAGUGAGGAUUUUCAAAAGCUGAAUUCAACAAUUCAAUUAAUGCAAUUAAAACAAGAAAAACUUGAAAGAGAAUUAGAAGAAUUUCGAAACGAUCGAAGCAAUAUUGAUAAACAAUUAGAAAUAAAUGCUGAAGAUCGUGUUUAUCUUGAUAUUGGGGGGCAACGUUUUACGACAACAGUUAAAACGUUGAUACAACGAACAAAUUCAACAUUUUUUCAAACGCUUAUUAAUGAAAAAUGGAAUGUCAAUACAAAUUCUUUUGACAAACCAAUUUUUAUCGAUCGUGAUGGACGUUUGUUUGAUAUUAUUCUUAAAUAUCUUCGAACAGGUGAAUUAAAUAUUGAAGAGAAAAAACUACUGAAAGAAGUAUUAACUGAAGCAAAAUUUUAUAAAUUAAGAACUUUAGAAGAUAAAAUAAAUUUAAUGUUAAAAAAAGAUGAAUUACUUACGACUGCUAAUUCAUUUGAGAUUAUUAAUCAAUCACCACCGUGCAGUCCCUUAUCAGCGCUUACCAAAUCUCGUUUCUCACCUUUUGCAUCUGGAUUAUUACCGAAUAGUGCAACACGUGUACUACCCAUAAGUCCAUUUUCUCCAUCGAAAUCGAAAAUUCAUCCAGCUCAAACAGCAUUAUCGUGGAGAUCAAAUGUAUCGUUAGAAAAUCGCCUAAAUAUAUUUCUUGGGAGUACCUUAUUGACGACUGAAUAUGAAGAAAAACUUCUUGAAUUUAUAGGCGAUAAUAUUCAACAGCAGCAACCAUGGAGUUUAAUUUUUAGAGCUAGUGAACAUGGUUAUGAUGCAAGUGAUUUUCAUCGUUGCUGUGAUUCAUUUGCACCAACAGUAUCAAUUAUUCAAACUGAUUUUGGGAAUAUUUUUGGUGGUUUCACAUCAAUACCGUGGAGCUCACCUGACUUACGCUCUGAUCAAGCGGAUCCAAAAGCUUUUUUGUUUACAUUGAAAAAUAGUUUAAAUGUUUCGCCAACAAAAUUUCCUGUUGCUCAAGAAUAUCAACAAAGUGCAAUAAGUCAUAAUCCAACAUGUGGUCCUAAUUUUGGUUCACCAAAAAACGAAGGAAGUGAUUUAUGUUUAAGAAAUAAGUUUAAUGAGAAAACUAAUUGUAUAUUUUUUCCCAAAAGUUAUAUUGAUUCAACUAAUCUAGGUGGUUUAAUAUUUGCUAAAAAAUAUUUCGCAUGUAAAGAAGUGGAAGUAUUUACAUUGAUGCCCAUCUAG